AUGGCUUCUUCUCCAGUUACUUCAUCUGAAACCGUCGCUUUUGACACCACCUUUCUUGUCAAUGUUAGUAUGUCGAACAUUACCAAACUCACUAACACCAAUUUUCUCAUGUGGAGUCAUCAAGUUCAUACGUUACUUGAUGGCUACGACCUCUCUGGCUACCUUGAUGGAUCUGUGGUCAUUCCAUCGCCCACUGUCACUACCAAUAAUGUUGUCAGUCCUAACCGUGACUAUACCCAUUGGAAACGUCAAGACCGGUUGCUCUAUAGCUCCUUGCUUGGGGCUAUCUCCGUUAAUAUUCAACCACUACUCUCCACUGCUACUACUUCUGCUGAGAUCUGGUCGAAACUCACCGAUACGUAUGCGAAACCAAGCUGUGGUCAUAUUUUGCAGCUUCGACAACAAAUCAAACACUGGGUGAAAGGUAACAAAUCGAUUAACGAGUACUUUCAAGGGUUCACUACACGGUUCGAUCAGCUGGCAUUGCUUGGUGCUCCCUACCCUCAUGAGGAUCAGAUAGAUUUCAUUCUCGAAGGUCUCCACGACGACUACAAAACGGUGGUUGAUCAGAUCUCUGGUCGUGAUACUGCUUCCUCGCUUACCGGGACCUAUGAAAAGUUGAUUAGUCUUGAAGUUAACUUCAUGCCUUAG